CGGCAUGGUAGCUCCUUGCGUUCUGGAGCCUCGAAAAUAUCUCUUAAGCCCUCCAUUGCGGAGGAAUCAACAAAUCGGAGCAAAGUCCUGAAUACGAGCAUAAUCGGGCCAUCCUCGUAUUCAAGCGCGAUGCCGAGACCUCAUUAACGCGCAUCGCCACUUCAUAAAAGGCCAAUUGACCUCCUAAUACUUCCCAUAGAGUAUUCUGUCCCUCCAAAGUCCAAUAUAAUUUCCUAGCUCCAUCCCCCACCACCACCAUGCCCUCCCCCUUCCUCUACCUCACUCUCACCACCCUCCCCCUCGCCACCACCGCCCUCUACCUCCACCAUCUCCACUCCUCCCUCACCAAAAAUGUCCACUGCCACACCACCCCACACCUCCAAUCCCCCUCCCUCUCCCUCCCCGCCUCCAUCCCUCGCGACGGCUCCACCCACCUCAUCAUGCACGAGCGCGCCACCAAAGUCGUCCCCACCCCUGCCCUCCCACGCUACCCUGACCCGCGCGCCAUCCUGACCACCUACCUCCGCCACAACAUGGUCGCCUUCUCGCGAUACCCGCCGGCGUGGAUGCUGUAUUUCGCGAUCAGCGACGUCGGCGUGCGGAAGACCUUCAGCGCGCCGUACCUCACCUCGCUCAACUACGAGAUCGGCGAUCUGGUGAACGGCGUGUACCGCGUCAUCACGCGCACGGACAGCAAAGUCGAGAUGCUGUUCGAUCCGCCGCGGAGUUAUCGGGGGCCGGCGGUAACGGGAUUGUUGGCGGUGGAGAUCCGGGAGGAGGGGGAGCAGACGGUGUUUGUGAAUGAUACGGUGAUGUGGAGGGAGAAGGGGGGGAAAGCGGUGGUGUUGGAGGGGAAGGUGGGGAGGUGGACGCAUGAGAUUAUUGCGGCGGGGUUGGUAGAAGGGGGGACGAAGUGGUUGAUGGAAGAGGGGACGAGGUGAUGUAUUGAAGAGGAGGGGACAGGUCGUGAAAGACGGAUCCUCGGGAUGUAGAAAUGCGCAUAG